CUGACUUCGCCUACUCCGACACCUUCCGGAGCUUCCAAAGCUGAAAAGUUGUUAGUUUUCGCCUCGAAACUUCAUAAAGACCAACUCGUAGAGUUUUACUUUUGGCUUUAAUUUCUGGCUAAACUUCUCGCUUCCCAUUUUUCUUCUUCUGCUUCAAUCUUAACUGUUCGGAGACUUUUCGGAGCUGCCAUGGCUUCUUCAAUUGCCGGAUCAGAUGUCAUUGCCUUCAGAUCCGCCGCGAGAUUCGGAUGUCCCGGAGACCGCAAAUUUGGUCAGUUUCGUCAAUGGUCUCCAACUCUGGGUGGAGUCAGGUCGGCGCAUGCCCGGCCUUGCGUUGGCCUCCGGUGCAGAUCGAAGGGCUCGUUUACUUCUUCCGGGGUGAGGGCCCAGGUAACCACACUCGAACAAGCAAGCGCUGAAACAGCCAAAGACGUGGUAGCCCCUGUGGUGAUUGUUACAGGAGCUUCUAGGGGUAUUGGCAAAGCAAUUGCAUUGUCAUUGGGACAAGCCGGUUGCAAGGUCCUGGUUAAUUAUGCUAGGUCAUCCAAGGAAGCUGAGGAAGUCACUAAAGAGAUUGAGGCAAGUGGUGGACAAGCCCUGACUUUUGGAGGAGAUGUUUCAAAAGAAGCUGAUGUUGAAUCAAUGAUUAAAACUGCAGUUGAUGCAUGGGGAACUGUUGAUAUAUUGAUAAACAAUGCAGGAAUUACUCGGGAUACUUUAUUGAUGAGAAUGAAGAAAUCUCAGUGGCAAGAGGUUAUUGAUUUAAAUCUUACGGGUGUAUAUCUCUGUACACAGGCAGCAGCAAAAAUUAUGAUGAAGAAGAAAAAGGGAAGGAUAAUCAAUAUUGCAUCAGUUGUUGGCCUGGUUGGGAACGCCGGUCAAGCCAACUACAGUGCCGCAAAAGCAGGGGUAAUCGGCCUGACAAAGACUGUUGCAAAGGAAUACGCAAGCAGAAACAUCAAUGUUAAUGCUGUUGCCCCAGGGUUUAUUGCAUCUGACAUGACAGCCAAGCUAGGGGAAGAUAUUGAGAAGAAAAUCUUGGAGACCAUCCCAUUAGGAAGGUAUGGCCAACCAGAAGAAGUUGCAGGACUUGUGGAAUUCUUGGCCCUUAACCCUGCGGCCAGUUACAUCACUGGACAGGUGUUCACCAUUGAUGGAGGAAUGGUGAUGUAGGUCAGCUAUCCAUCCAUCUGAUUAUGUGCAUGCAGGGCUUUUCAGCUUGACAGUUCAGACUUAUGGCACUGGAAUCACAAGAUUCAUCUUCGCGUGACAAUCUAUGUGGAAGCUUAUGUACUUGCGCUUUUUUCUUGAGAUGGUUAGGUUUUAAAAUAAUACUACGGCUAUUUUGAUAGAAUUUCAAUUAAGCUUGUUAAUGAAACCAGAUAAGUGGUAUGAAAUGAUAAGAGGCGCUAUGCUUCUUUUUGGCUGUGUUGUCCUCCACGUAGUUUUGUUCUCGUGGUUGAUAGGUUAUGUCCAUUGGAAUUUGGAGGUUGAGAGAUGUAUUGCCAUGAAGGUAAGUUUUUUGCUGAA